GAUUCCUGGGCUGCUCUCCCUGAGCUGGGGACUUCCAUCCACCUCCAGCCCCCUUUCCCGUGAGUCAUGGAGAAGUCGCUUGGAAUAUUGGUCCAAGGAGGUACUUUGGGAUCAUCGGGCAGUGCCACUGCGAUGCCUUCGAAGUUGUCUCUAGUGGCCUUGGCCAUUUUCAUCUCUGUUACCCAAGUUGUGAUAGAGGCCAGCUCUUGGUGGUCAUUAGGAAUGAAUAACCCUGUUCAGAUGUCAGAAGUCUAUAUCAUAGGAGCUCAGCCCUUGUGUAGCCAACUGGCAGGGCUCUCUCAAGGCCAGAAGAAACUCUGUCAUCUCUAUCAAGACCACAUGCAAUAUAUUGGAGAAGGAGCAAAGACGGGCAUUAAGGAGUGCCAGUACCAAUUCCGACACAGACGAUGGAACUGUAGCACCGUGGAUAACACCUCUGUUUUUGGAAGGGUCAUGCAGAUAGGUAGCAGGGAGACGGCUUUCACUUAUGCAGUCAGUGCUGCCGGGGUGGUGAAUGCCAUGAGCCGGGCCUGCAGGGAAGGGGAACUGUCCACCUGUGGCUGCAGUCGAGCUGCACGGCCCAAAGACUUGCCCCGGGACUGGCUUUGGGGAGGUUGUGGGGACAACAUUGACUAUGGGUACCGUUUUGCCAAGGAGUUUGUAGAUGCUCGGGAGCGGGAGAGAAUCCACUCCAAGGGCUCCUACGAGAGUGCCCGGACCUUAAUGAACUUGCACAACAAUGAAGCUGGAAGGAGGACGGUCUAUAACUUGGCGGAUGUGGCCUGCAAGUGCCACGGGGUGUCCGGCUCAUGCAGCCUGAAGACCUGUUGGCUACAGCUGGCCGAUUUCCGGAAAGUGGGGGAUGCCCUGAAGGAGAAGUACGACAGCGCCGCGGCCAUGAAACUCAACAGCCGGGGCAAACUGGUGCAAGUGAACAGCCGCUUCAAUACGCCCACCACGCAGGACCUGGUCUACAUCGACCCGAGCCCGGACUACUGUGUGCGCAACGAGAGCACGGGCUCCCUGGGCACUCAGGGCCGGCUCUGCAAUAAGACCUCGGAAGGCAUGGACGGCUGUGAGCUCAUGUGCUGCGGCCGCGGCUACGACCAGUUCAAGACGGUCCAGACAGAACGCUGCCACUGCAAAUUUCACUGGUGCUGUUACGUCAAAUGCAAGAAAUGUACGGAGAUCGUGGACCAGUUUGUGUGCAAAUAGCAGGGCUGCUGCCUCCAGCAGGGGGCGCCCUCUCCACCCCAGGACUUUCUCCACUUUAUUUAUAGAGCGCUCCGUGACU